AUACAAUACUACUGAGACAUCUACAGCUUAGCAGACAGAUACGGUGAACCGCCUAUCCCGGCUCCUGUAAGUGAUGCUGCACUGAGGCACACUUUGAUCCAACUCCACUGGGGGGGCGAUGCGCGCACUGCAUCCCUCCUUUAAGAGUUUUCGGGGGAGCGUACACAGCGUUGAAUCAGUCUAAACAACUGGUUAAAAAAUAAAUUAGGUUUUAAGCUUUUUAAUUUUCCAUCAGAUGUCAGGGGUUUUUUUUUGUUUUUGCGCUCUUGGAUUGAAGUUUUUUUGUGUGUGUGCGUCAACAAGCGCGUGUAAGUUUGGUGAUUUUUCAGAGCUGCUAGAAUUAAGAAGAAAUUUCACGCCAAACAUAGACUGUAGGGAUAAAGUUAUUUGUUAAACAAGCUUGGAUCAAUGCGUAUCUCUGCUCGUGGGAUUGCACUGUUGCGAACCCAAGACAUCCGAAGAGGAAUUACACCGAUCUGCUCAAACAAACUUCAUUGUUGUGCGUGAUUUUUUUCUGCGUUUUUGCACGUGAGGACCUUUUUUUUUAGCGCAUGGAUAAGUUUUAAUAGUGGAUAACAUUAUUAUUUUUAUUUUUUUUUUUUUUUUUUUGCUAUUUGCAUUUUGCUGCCGUCUGAUGAGGAUCCUUCCUCCCCUUUCCCCUACUUCAGAUUAAUUCAUGGCACUUCUUUUUUUUGUAAAUCAGUGAUGUGUCUACGCGACGGUUGAUUUUCAUCACAUUCAAGCGGAAAAAGAAUUGCUGCUGUAGAAGGGAAGCUCCCACUUAUUCUUGAGUAUGGACUUAGCACGUCAGACUCAUGCGCUGGUGGUCUUGCUCACCUGUGUGGUCUUGCUAUGUGGGGCCCAGGAGAGGGACUACACGGUGAAGGAGGAACAGCCGGAGAACGUACGCAUUGGGAACCUGCGCAAAGACCUGGACCUCAACCUUGACCCAAACAUCAGACUGUCCUCACCGCUGCAGUUCAAGCCUGUAUACAAGACAGGCGAUGUGCCUUUGGUGAGAGUGGAGGCCAACACAGGGGAGAUUUUUACCACCAAUCACAGAAUUGACCGGGAGAAGCUGUGCUCAGGGGUCUUCGCUGAGAAACGCUGCUACUAUGAGAUUGAAGUGGCCGUGCUGCCUGAUGAGAUCUUUCGACUGGUCAAGAUCCGCUUCCUGAUUGAGGAUGUGAAUGACAAUGCACCCCUUUUCCAGUCCACUGUUAUAAACAUCUCCAUCCCAGAGAACACAGCCAUCAACACCCGAUACCCUGUGCCCUCGGCAUUUGACCCUGAUGUUGGGAUCAAUGGGAUCCAACAUUAUGAACUGGUCAAGAGUGUCAGCGAGUUUGGUUUAGACAUCAUCGAGACGCCUGAAGGUGACAAGUGGCCGCAGCUUAUCGUUCAGCAGAACCUGGAUCGAGAGCAAAAAGACACCUUUGUAAUGAAGAUAAAGGUAGAAGACGGUGGAAACCCUCCCAAAUCCAGCACUGCCAUUCUCCAAGUCACCAUCUCUGAUGUCAACGACAAUCGUCCUAUCUUCAAAGACAGUGAGCUGGAGGUCAUGGUGCCUGAGAAUGCCCCCAUGGGAACGUCAGUGGCUCAGCUUCACGCCACAGAUGCAGACAUGGGUUCCAACGCACAGAUCCACUUCGCCUUCAGUAACCAGAUUUCUGCCUCAACCAAACGUCACUUUGCUAUUGACAGCUCUACAGGACUGAUCACUGUGAAGCAGCCGCUGGACAGGGAGGUAACUCCUGUCCAUAAACUCAUCGUCCUGGCCAGUGAUGGCAGCUCUACGCCCUCUAGAGCCACAGUGACUGUUAAUGUAACAGAUGUAAAUGACAAUGUACCGUCCAUAGACACUCGUUACAUUAUCAACCUGGUUAAUGGGACUGUUCUGCUCUCUGAGAAUGCGCCUCUGAACACGAAAAUAGCCCUAAUUACUGUUACUGACAAGGAUGCAGAUCUUUAUGGCAAAGUAGCGUGCUACACUGACCAUGAUGUUCCUUUUCGGCUGAAGCCUGUCUUUAAUGAUCAGUUCUUACUAGAGACAGCUGCCCCACUCGACUAUGAGAUGACUCGAGAAUAUGCAAUUAAGAUAGUGGCUUCGGAUAGGGGGACUCCUCCUUUGAACACUUCGGCUAUGGUUUUAAUUAAAAUCAAGGAUGAAAAUGACAACGCACCAAUUUUUCCCCAGCCGGAAAUCCAACUUUCCAUACCGGAAAACAAUGACCCUUCUACACAGUUAAUAAAAAUCAGUGCCACUGAUGCAGACAGCGGACAUAAUGCUGAGAUUAUUUACACUCUUGGCCCUGAUGCACCUGAUGGGUUUAACAUAGACAGACGGUCAGGAAUUCUCUCUGUUGGCAAACGGCUGGACAGAGAGAAGCAGGAGAGGUAUUCAUUCACUGUCAUAGCGAGGGACAAUGGCUCAACGUCCCUGCAGAGCAAUGUCACUGUCAGGCUAAUCGUCCAGGACCUUAAUGACAACAAUCCCGCUUUCACACACCCUGAGUAUAACUUCUAUGUGCCUGAGAAUCUGCCUCUCUAUGGAACUGUGGGGUUAAUCACAGUGACAGAUGCAGAUGCUGGGGAUAAUUCUGUUAUAACAUUGUCCAUUUUGAAUGGAAAAGAUAAUUUCAUCAUCGACCCACAGACUGGUGUGAUCAAACCUAAUAUUACCUUCGACAGGGAGCAACAAAGCUCUUACACAUUUAUGGUCAAAGCAGUUGAUGGAGGUCAACCUCCAAGCUCCUCCUAUGCCAAGGUCACCAUCAAUGUAGUUGAUGUAAAUGACAAUCGCCCUGUAUUUGUCAUCCCGUCCUCCAAUUACUCUUAUGACCUAGUGCGAACCACCGCUACCCCUGGUGCUGUGGUCACCAGAGUGUUUGCUAUUGACAAUGACACAGGUAUGAAUGCUGAGCUGCAGUACAGUAUUAUCAGCAGUAUCAUCAUCACAUCUAGGGUCUCUCCUCGAGGUCUUUUUGCUAUCGAUAAAACAACGGGUAACAUAACACUGCAGGAGAAAAUAGUGGCUGCUGAUCACGGACUGCAUAGGCUGGUAGUCAAGGUCAAAGAUCUAGGCCAGCCUGAGUCACUACACGCAAUUGCACUUGUUCACCUGUUUGUCAAUGACUCCGUGUCAAAUGCCACCUUCAUCCAAGAGCAGCUCCGAAAAAGUAUGGAGACACCCUUGGACCGUAACAUCGGCGACAGUGAGGUAACACCUCAAGCCAAUGGAUAUGUGAUUGUUGUCAUAGCUAUCAUAGCAGGGACAAUGACUGUCAUCUUAGUGAUAUUUGUGACUGCCUUGGUGCGGUGUCGGCAGACCCCCAGACAUAAAGUGGUGCAGAAAGGAAAGCAGAGCGGUGAGUGGGUGUCACCCAACCAAGAGAGCCGUCAGAUUAAGAAAAAGAAGAAGAGAAAGAAGCGGUCUCCAAAGAGCCUCCUUCUGAACUUUGUGACCAUUGAUGAAUCCAAGCCUGAUGACCCCACCCAUGAGCAUGUUAAUGGUACACUGGAUCUCCCUGUGGAGUUAGAAGAGCAGACCAUGGGGAAGUACAACUGGGCCACCACGCCUACAACCUUCAAACCCGACAGCCCAGAUUUAGCCAAGCAUUACAAGUCUGCAUCCCCCCAGCCUACAUUUCAAAUCAAACCGGAGACUCCAGUGGCUCCUAAGAAACACCAUGUGAUCCAAGAGCUCCCUUUGGACAACACAUUUGUGGUGGGCUGUGAUUCACUCUCCAAGUGUUCGUCGACUAGCUCCGAUCCGUACAGUGUCUCAGAGUGCAGCUGUCAGGGGGGAUUCAAGACUGCGGGGCAAAUCACCACCCGACAGAACCUGAGCCAGACACCGGAAAAGGCUUUUAACUCACCACCCCCAAUCUGCCCUCAUAAGGAGGCCUGUCAACUUGGCAAGAUAACGUCUGUGAAUACCCAGCGGCGUGUGACAUUCCAUCUUCCAGACGGAUCCCAGGAGAGCUGCAGUGACAGCGGUCUAGGAGACCCAGAGCCAAGCAGCACAACCAGCACCACCCAGCCCCUUCCCCUGAGCUUCCCCCAGGAGGAGUACUAUGAGCAAACAUCACCUAACAGCCGCACCGAGGGAGACGGCAACUCCGACCCAGAGUCCACCAUUGAGGUGAACCUGCAGAAAGCCCUGGCUGAGGCCUCUGAGACCUGCACCCAGGAGUGUCUGAUACUGGGCCACUCUGACAGCUGCUGGAUGCCCCCAGCUCUGGCCCACUUCCAGAGUCCUGGCAGCAACAGCCCCACAUCCACCCCUACCACCACUGCCAUCACCGGUACACUCCACUCCUUUGGCUUCCAGCAGAGCUGUUCCCGGGGAGCCAAAGCUAACAUGGGCAGCAUGGGGGUCAUGGAUGGCCGCCAUACCCUGGGCAGGUCUGUGCCUAAAAAAGAUGAACUGGACAAAGGGAUCAACCGUCCGCAGUUCUACAACACCCUGGAUAGACACUGCAGUAGUAAGAAGGAGGACCCCAUCAAGGUCAUCCCCCUGGCGAGCUUCUCCUCCCCUGGGCAGCAGACGCCCACCGGUGUGGGAAGCAGUUCUUACUUACAUGAGCACCAGUUGUAAAAGUAAAGACAGAUCUUCUUAGGCGUGAAAUACAUGUGACUCCAUCUCUAGAUGGCUUUUUGUCAGUGACUUUCGAUCAGUAUGUAUGCGUACGUGUGGAGGUAUGCAUAAUUUGAAUACCUUUGACCAGCUCUAGCUCAGUUUUAAAAAUGAAGAAAGCUGAAAAAAAAAAAAAAAAAAAAAAAAAAACAGGUUUGAUCAUGAUGAUAUUUUUGAGACAAAAUUACAUGGCAUCACUCUUGAGGUCAAGUGUCUGGACAGAAAGAGUCUAAACAAAGCAGAUCUAUGUAUAAUGAUUAAAAGGUAGUAAUAUACCAAAGUAGGUCCUUCUCACAAAAAAAGAAAAAAAAAACAUGUUUGAUGAAGUUUGCUUUGUGAUAAGAAAGGACACUGUAUACUUUUAGCUUCUUGGGUCUGGCUUAGUGGAACUGUCUCCUAAUACAUCAUUUCCUCAUGCAGAAACAAAUGCAAAUGCAGUACUUUGUGUUGAGUGAGCUAAAUUGGGCUAAAUGUUAAUUAUGAGCUGUGGGUGGAUGGUGUUGCUCUUCAAGUUCUAGUGAAGUAUUGCUCUGUAUAACACGCAGCACAAACUCCUUUGGUGGUGGAAAAUGUUUCUUUUGUCUCGCUUGAACGUGUUUCAGAAGUCUAUUUUGGUCAGGGGACUGCAGAAGGAUAAAAAAAGUCUACAAAGCAAAACUAGGCCAAUGGUAGACAGCACCGGUAAUCUUUUGCAUUCUAAAUUUUCACCAUGGACCAGUACACACAAAAUAUAACACCAACUCGUGCACGUACACACACAUAUUCAAGAUGUUUUCCAUAUGGUGGUUGUUCCAUCGCUGCCAACUCUAUUAAGAAAGUAUUCACCCCUAGCAUUAUCUCAAUAGCUUCGCAUUGAAAGGCGCAGACAGAUGUGCUUUGGAAAUGUACGCUUUGUUUCUUCUCUUUUGUUUCUUUUUCUCACAUAUGCUCAGUUUCUCACUUCUCAGAAAUAUUUGUGUAUUAACAACUAUGCAGCCAAUUAUGAAAUUCUCCGUCUAAUUACUCUGAUGUGCGAUCUCAGUAGCAACCCCCAUUGUAGUUAGGAGGUCUGGUAUGGUUCUCUUGGUCGGCAACGAGCAAUUUCUGCAUAGACAGAGACAAUAAAGAGGUGACAAGUGCUCGACUACUUCACACUCGCUGUCUUCCCAUCCUAUUAGAAUUAAUAGCAGCACCUAUGUUGCUGCGAUUAAUUGCUAUGUUGUACUUUCCAAGUCUUCAUUGUGGCUGCAGAGUUUCUAUUAUAAUUUUUCUCUCUCUUUUCUUUUUGCGUUGACCCUGGAAUAAUAGACCAGGGUGCACGAAUGUCUUCAGGCCCAAAGUCCAACUGAAUUAUUGAUGUUAAUUUUUGCUGCUUUCAUAAGAAUAGACAUUGACACUGUUUGAAAAAGUCUCACUGCAGGCUGCCCCUCACCCUGUUUUCAUCACACACACACACACACACACACACACACACACUAGACCAUUGCCUGUGUGUGUAAAUUGUACUGAUGAUGAUAACUACUUCAGACUAACUUGCUGCUGUAACAGAUUGGGUGCAGUAUAAUCUAUUGCUACAGCAAUAAGUGACUUUGCUGAUAUCCAUUUUUCUUUCCAGUAACAUCCAAGCCAGGUGUCUACAUCAUCAGGUAUAUGAUUCAUGCGAUUCAUUUUCUUGUACCAUCUUGCAAAUUGGGAAAAGGCCUAAAUCUAUAAUGCAACGUGGCAUUCUCAAGGGAGAGUGCAAGGCAAAUUGUGUUUGCAUGCUCUUAGCUACCACACCUAUUCUCAGUGAUAUUUAGGGUCAGGAGUCUUAUCAUUAGAAAGAGGAUUUAUCCGUGACUCCAUGAAAUGAUCACUUAAAAUAACAGUGUGUCAAGGACAAGGAAAGGGGCAGUCCAAUUUCACUUCAGUCAAUUACUAAAAUGAAUUUAAUUCAAAACAACCAACUUAAGCAAAUCCUUCUAUAAACAUCAGCUGAUGAAAAUGUCCCUGUUCGAGAAUCCAAUUUCAGCUCAUUUACUACCAUUGGACUUUUUUUCCUCCUCUGUUACUUUUAUCUCAUUUCAUUGUUAUAGGACAGACAUGUAUUUCCAAAUGCUCUGAACAAUACAUAUUUAAUCAAAAGGAGAACACAUCAAACAAAACAUACAUCACUAUGUCACUAAAAAUUGCAGUUUUAAUUCUCUGACAAAUGCAACAGUACGACCUGUCAUGUGUGAGCCACAUGUUGGUGUUUAGUUGUUGUCUGCAGUUAUUUCUGUAAGUGGGGCAUAUACAUAUCUGGGCUAGAUCACUUUGUCACAAAUAAAUAUUAACACUCUUACGCAUUCUUACUGAGUUGAAAAUGUACGUCCUCAUGUCAGAGUAAAAAUCUAUGGAUGAGCGUAGGACGACUGUAAUAAAACACUGUUUGAAAUCAUUUAUUCAAUCACGUGUACAGUAAGCACAAUAUUACCUUUCUGUCAGUCUCACUGUGUUUUUACUUACUUUGCCUACAUAAGUCAGAUGUACUGUAAUGUUGCAGCAGCUGCAAACAUUAAAAGACAAACCUCUUAAAAGAAUAGUAAAAUAUCUGCAUGAAUGUACAUCAGUAGGAUGUUGCAUUGGGGACUAACAUGCAUUUUUUGUGUCUACUACAGUCUGGUUUUGUUUCACCGCUCACAGAUUCUGGUGUUUAUUUUGUAUCUUUCGAACAAAGAGCAUACAAUAUGAAUGUGCAUUUUGUUUUGUUGGGGGUGAGGCUGAGCAGUAGUUUUUCGUAGUGUCAAGGUUCAGAGUACACACAGUGGAAUUGACAAAAUAUCAUGAAUAAUCACAGGUUUUCACUUUGCAUGAUUCUGCUCUCACUCAUGUUUUCAAAUUUGAUCCAAUUUCUUCUUCCUUAAUGAUAGAAAUAGUAAAAUACACUAUACAGAAACCAAACACCACUUUUUUUUUCUUUUAAUUUCAAGAAGACUUCAACUCCAGUAUAUGUCCGUAUUCUCAUAUCAACCUGUGUCAUAAUUUGCAUGAACUGUUUGGACUUACCCAUGUAUGUACUAAACUUAUGUACAUGCAUUCAUCAUUAGAAUCAAUGUCAGUUUUGAUGUUUACUGCUCUACCUGUUUGUCUGUCUUUUCGAACAAAACAAAUGUUACACAAUGUACACAUAGGAGCUAUGUUAAGUGUGCAUAUCACUUUAGCCUCUAUGUACACACAACAAUCUACUACUGUCAGGUAAACUGGACUUCAACUGUACAUAGCAGUACCCCUAACAACCAGUAAUAAUGGAUUCAAACUGGAAAGAUGCAUACAGAAAAGCCUAAAGCUACAGGUGACACACUGGAUUUCACAAUGUUGAUAAAAUGGAAAAAGGCAAAAAUAAGAAAUGAUGAGAUGACAAUCUCUGUAAUGUAAAUGGAAAUAUAUGCAUAAUAUUGGUGAGAGUGUAUUUGAAUGUGUUUAUAGGUGAUUGUGUACUGUGUGUGUGAGGGAAAAAAGUGUGUGUCUCUGCAUGUAUGAGUGUGUGUAUGUCUGUGUGUGCACAUAUAUGUAUACUGGCAUGCACUUUGCCAGAAUAUUUUAUGUACACAAUGUAUCUUGUACAAAAACUAUAUCAAAAUAUGAUAUAAGACUUAAGUAUAUGCUUGUAAAUUAGUCAUCAGUGAGUCAAGGUCGAGUUUGCUUUGAGAGAAGGCUUUAGUGCUUGCCAGCAAAUCUGUAUUGGUCAGUUAAAGCUAUACAGUCUGUGUUGUCAUGCCUUUGUAAAAUAUCCCAUUUACAUCGAUGAAAAAAAUGACCUUCCAUAUGGUGAAAUGAUUUUUCUUGUUAUUGAAUUUUACUUGAGACAUUAAAUAUUAAGUCCUCAAAGUA